ACAAUCUGACGGAGCGUUUCCAUUGGUUACAAGCUCCUGGUACCCAGGAAGGAGGAUGUAGCAUCUCCUGCGGUAGCUUAGCAAACAGGGCAAAUGUGAGGAAAGGGCGGCUGUUUUGCGGGUAAAUAUGGGACGGAUAAUGGCCAUAUGAAUGACAAGGUGAUGAUUCACCGGCAGGUGAUACUGACCCAGAACUUGUAUCAGAACAGGUUUCUCGGGCUUGCAGCUAUGGCCUCUCCAUCUCGUGCAUCUCAGGGCAGGCGGCGAUGUAAGGACCCGAUUCGACACAGUUUCAACCCUGAGCAGUUCCCCAAUGUGGACUUCCAGAACGGCGGACCUGGGGAGCUGGCUGUGGCUGUGCUGCGCUCCACCAGCGACACCGACCUUGUGACCUCCCACUGCCGCUCCACCCUCACCGUCAGCACCUCCAGCUACACCAUCGGUCAGACGCAGGACAUCACCCUCAGCUGGGACAUCAAGGAGGAAGUCGAUGCGGGUGACUGGAUUGGCAUGUACCUCAUUGAUGAGGUUCUGUCAGAGAACUUUCUGGACUACAAAAACCGAGGUGUGAACGGCUCCCACAAAGGUCAGAUCAUCUGGAAGAUCGAGGCCAGCUCCUACUUCGUAGAACUGGAGACUAAGAUCUGUUUUAAAUAUUAUCAUGGAGUGAGUGGAGCCCUGCGGGCCACGACGCCAUGUGUAACCGUGAAAAACCCCUCCGCACCGGUAAAGUGCGCCAAUUCCAAGACACGGGCCUUUAAUGUGUUUAAGCCAGUGGCCACAGAUGACGUACCUCAGAGUCAAGGCAGCAGAAGACUCAUCAGCUUCUCUCUCUCAGAUUUCCAAGCCACCGGUCUGAAGAAAGGCAUGUUCUUCAACCCUGACCCCUACCUGAAGAUCGCCAUCCACCCCGGCAAGCACAGCAUCUUCCCUGCCCUGCCUCACCACGGCCAGGAGAAGAGAUCAGGCAUCGUCUGCAAUACCAUUAAUCCCGUUUGGCAGAGGGAGCGCUUUAAUUUUGUGUCUCUGCCCACGGAUGUGUUGGAGAUCGAGGUGAAGGACAAGUUUGCCAAAAGCCGACCCAUCAUAAAGCGUUUCUUGGGCAAGCUGUCCAUGCCAGUGCAAAGAUUACUGGAGAAACAUGCUAUCGGUGAUCGAGUGGUCAGCUACACUCUGGGUCGGCGGCUUCCAACAGAGCAUGUCAGUGGCCAGCUGCAGUUCAGGUUUGAGAUUACGUCCUCCAUCCACCCAGAUGAUGAGGACAUGUCUCUUAGUACAGAGCAACCAGUGGCGGCAGCAGAAACUCAAGUUCAGCCUCAGGCAGAAGACACAAUGAGUUUGGACCAGGGGGCCCCAGAGUUGCCUUUAGAUGGAGAAACAGAAUCUGUAGAGAUGCCCAUGGACGUUGAAUCAGCUGAGGCAGAUGCUGUAGAGGAAGAGCCUUUAGAGUCAGAGCAGCAGACACAUCCGGAGCAGCAGGAGGAAGCAGCAGCCAAGAGCCGAGAACAAAUGGAGCAAGAAGAGACCACCCAAGAAGAGGCGGAAACUGAUUGUGCCUUUGCCAAUGGGCCUGCAGAUUCUGCAGCAGUCGAAGAGGAGGCAGUCCCAGACCCACAACCAGUUUCAGAGGAACCAGAUGUGAACCUAGAGGAAGGCUGCUCGCUGAGAAUCAGAACCACACCGAGAAGGAAGCCACGGCCUUGUUCCCUACCCGUAUCUGAGCUGGAGACAGUCAUCGCAUCUGCCUGCGGAGAACCGGAGACGCCACGCUCCCAUUACAUCCGAAUCCACCACCUGCUGCACAGUUUCCCAUCCACCGCGGCUGCACCCGAAACCGACCGGCCACCGGGCGUAGAAGAACAAGAGGAAGAUGAGGAAGAGGGUGCGACCCUUGAACCUCAUGCUUUAACACCCAACGGCCCUCGCAGGACGCUGCCCCGCAGCCGCUCGCACGAGCGCCUCUCCGACCUCAUUCAGAUGCUUGACGGAGAUGGACACCCACUCGGGGCUGAGGGACAAACCACAGGUCAAAGGUCACCAGGGGAAAGUGAGUAUGAUUUGAGCCCGGUGCCAUGCUGCAGUCACACGGCGCAGAGGGCCUCAGGCCCCGUCCGGGCCGCGUCUCUAGAUAGUGCACGUCGGUCGGAGAGCACUGUGUUCUCCUCACAGGAUGACGAGGACGAGAUGGACAGGGUGAAUGGUAUUCUGGGAUUGGAGGCGGAGACAGGACAGGCCGCUAAGAGCCGGGAGCCAGGGGACGGGAGCUGUGAGUGGGAGGAGGCUCCGGACAGUCAAGUCCAGAGCCCGCACAGCAUUAUGAGUAAUGGAGAAUCACCAGUAGCUGGUCCAAGCAGCAGAAGAGAAUGUCCUUUGCCUUGUAACCAUCCUGCAGUGAGCCAGUUGCCCGCCCUGCGGCCAGACCCACAUCACUAUCCCACCAUAGACGAGCCGCUACCACCGAACUGGGAGGCCCGUAUUGACAGUCACGGCCGUGUGUUUUAUGUGGAUCACAUUAACCGGACCACCACUUGGCAACGGCCAACAUCCGCAGCCACGCCGGAUGGCCUGCGCAGGUCUGGUUCCGUCCAACAGAUGGAGCAGCUCAACAGGAGGUACCAGACCAUCCAGAGGACGAUGGCCACAGAGAGGAGAAACGAGGAGUCAGGCAGUCCCCGCAACGAGAGAACAGCCAACACUGAGACAGACUCGCCUCCACAGACAACCGAGUUGAGGAGAGACGCCCCAUGUUCUCCAGGUCAUUGUCAGAAGAUCACGUUACUGCUGCAGAGUCCAGCGGUCAAAUUCAUCACUCACCCAGAGUUCUUCACUGUUCUCCACGCAAAUUAUGGUGCAUAUCGUAUGUUCACAAACAGCUCGUGUCUGAAACACAUGGUCCUGAAAAUCAGGCGUGAUGCCCGAAACUUUGAGCGGUACCAGCACAACCGUGACCUGGUGGCCUUCUUGAAUAAGUUUGCUGAUGCUCAGCUGGAGCUGCCGCGGGGCUGGGAGAUCAAAACAGACCCUCAGGGGAAGUCAUUCUUUGUAGACCACAACAGUCGUGCCACAACCUUCAUUGAUCCCAGGAUCCCUUUGCAAAACGGCAGGUUGCCCAACCACCUGACGCACCGCCAGCACCUGCAGAGAUUACGCAGCUACAGCGCAGGAGAGGCAUCUGAGGUGUCGCGCGCCCGAGGGGUGUCUUUGUUAGCCAGGCCUGGAAACAGCUUGGUAGCAGCCAUACGAAACCAAAGCCAGCAGGAGCCAGUGCCAUUAGCAUACAAUGAAAAGAUUGUAGUGUUUUUACGGCAACCAAACAUCUUUGAGGUGCUACAGGAACGGCAGCCGAGCCUGGCAAGGAAUCACUCGCUCAAGGAAAAGGUGCAUCACAUCCGAACCGAAGGCACACAGAGACUGGAGAAGCUGUCAUGUGAUGCCGAUCUGGUCAUGCUGUUAAGUUUGUUUGAGGAGGACAUCAUGUCUUACGUUCCUCUCACAUCAUUUCACCCCGGGUUCAACUUCUCUCCACGAUGCUCUCCUGGCUCCUCUCCUCAAAACUCUCCAGUGACCCAGAGGGCCCGGGCACCAGCGCCCUACCGAAGAGAUUUUGAGGCCAAACUACGCAACUUCUACAGGAAGCUGGAGGCAAAGGGCUACGGGCAAGGACCCGGCAAGAUCAAACUGAUCGUCAGAAGAGAUCAUCUGUUAGAAGGAACAUUUAACCAGGUCAUGGCCUACUCCCGUAAAGAGCUCCAGAGAAACAAGCUCUACAUCACCUUUGUCGGAGAGGAAGGACUGGACUACAGCGGACCAUCGCGAGAGUUUUUCUUCCUGCUGUCUCAGGAGCUGUUUAACCCUUACUAUGGCCUGUUCGAAUACUCCGCUAACGACACGUACACUGUCCAGAUCAGCCCCAUGUCUGCUUUUGUGGAAAACCAUUUGGAAUGGUUCCGUUUCAGCGGUCGAAUUCUUGGUCUGGCUUUGAUUCAUCAGUAUCUGUUGGACGCCUUCUUCACCCGCCCGUUUUAUAAAGCUCUUCUCAGACUAGCCACUGAUCUCAGUGAUCUAGAGUACCUGGAUGAGGAGUUUCAUCAGAGCUUACAGUGGAUGAAGGACAAUGACAUCACAGAAGUGCUGGAUCUCACCUUCACAGUCAAUGAGGAAGUGUUCGGACAGGUGACCGAGCGGGAGCUGAAGUCCGGCGGGUCAAACGUGCAGGUGACGGAGAAGAAUAAGAAGGAGUAUAUCGAGCGGAUGGUGAAGUGGAGGGUGGAGCGAGGUGUUGUCCAGCAGACACAGGCUCUGGUCCGAGGCUUUUAUGAGGUGGUGGACUCCCGUCUGGUGUCUGUGUUUGAUGCCAGAGAGCUGGAGCUGGUGAUUGCAGGAACAGCAGAGAUUGAUUUAAACGACUGGAGAAACAACACAGAGUAUAGAGGAGGUUAUCAUGAUGGGCACAUUGUGAUCCGGUGGUUCUGGGGUGUGGUGGAGCGCUUUAAUAAUGAACAGAGACUGCGUCUGCUGCAGUUUGUGACGGGCACCUCCAGCGUACCGUACGAGGGCUUCACCGCGCUGCGCGGGAGCAACGGCCUACGACGCUUCUGCAUCGAGAAAUGGGGCAAGAUCACAUCGCUCCCGAGGGCGCACACAUGCUUUAACCGUCUGGAUCUCCCACCGUAUCCAUCCUACACGAUGUUGUAUGAGAAACUGCUGAUCGCUGUGGAAGAGACCAGCACUUUUGGCCUUGAGUGAAGACUUAUUCACCUUCCUCCCGGUGACCUUUCCAUGUACACCGUAUGUAAUUAUCUACUAGCGUGGAUCAUGGAUAAUGGAUGGUGUCCUGUGUCCAUUUCUACGGUUUGUUCAGGACACCACUGCAUGCACCAGGCACCUGUGUGGGUGGACCGUGUGUAACGUGUAUGCAAUAGUGAAAGAGAAACCUUCAACCUGCUUUAACACUCAGGGCCUUGACCUCUGCUGAAGUUGGUCUCAGUUCGCAUAUCAUCUUUCAACGCAAACCACGGCCAGCAUCCUUUUCUGUUGGUGCAUUCUCACAUUGACAAGUGUUGUAAAGUUAAAACCAAAUAUGCUCUGAGAACAUAUCUGAUUGAGGUGCCGUAAUUACUGUAAAUGUGUGCACUAGUUCACACAAUCUCACCGAACACUGCAUUAUCACAGGAAGUGGCAUCACUUUGCAAGAGUCAGAUGGGGAAAUGGCACGUCUGAACUUGAUACUUUUGAUUUAUUCAUUUGUACUAAUCAAUACAUUUUAAUUUUAAAAUCAUUAAAGCGUCAAACAUAUUUAAGGAUGUUUAAGGCUUCAUGCUGUCUUGUCUGUAAUAUUUGAAUGAAUUUCCAGUGUUGGAACUCGAUUGCUUUCAAUGAAUUGAUGUUUUUGGGUUUAAAAAGCCAACAUAGGAUGUUUACUUAAAUGUCAACACUAAAAUCGAAAAUGUUAAGCGAUCAGAACUACACUGCACUAUCCAGCAUUAUCCAACAAGACAUAAAAACAAGGGACUGAAAAUGUCUCGUCAGUUGUUAGCUGCGUCUAGAUAAGAUACUGUGUUAAGGUGCAUUUGUGGUGACGGGGAUUUAUGGUGAUUCACUAUAAAGCACUGGUGAUGCGAUGUGCGCAUCUACUUUGUGUAAAUGAGUAAAGACGUCUCAGAAGUAAAUGCUCAUAAUGAGCAGUUUUAUGGGAUUCUUUAUGCACUACUGCAGUUUGUGUAUAUGGUUUCUUUUAGCAUGUUCAUUUUUAGUAUUAAAAUGGAAUGAUACUUUUUAUUUAUUGUAUUUUUAUGUACUUUUUUCAGUUUUCUAAACCAGAUCAUGUUGGCAUUGCUGUCUGCACUCUAGAUUCCCAUGCUGACGUUUUGAUUAUUGGUCAUGUUUACAUUUUAAAAUUACGUGAAUGUGUUUAUUAUACAUUAAGAUGGUCAUAAAUUGUCUUUACAUGAUGCCAUUUCAAGGUGCAUGUGUCUCUGUCUAAUCCACACUUUGAUGAAUCAGUCUUUUUUGUGUCCUAAUAAUUUCUAAAUGGGUUCGUUCACCCAAAAAAAAAAACCUUUGUUUGAUUAUGCAGAAGAAUAGGAGUCAUACAGGAUUUCAUUAGGGUGAAUAAAUUAUGUUUUCCUGAAGUUUUAAUUUUUGGGUGAACUGUCCUUUUAAUGUGGUGAUGAAGAACAGCAAUUUUGAUCAAGUCUGAAAUGUAAUUCUGCUAAAAACAACUGCAGCUCAAAAUGAACAACACUCAGCUUAAGAUAUUAGGAAUGUAGAAAGCGCAUUUGUAUUAUUUAUCCCAAUUAAGAAAUUAUAAAAAUGUCUCUAUAUUAAAUGUGUAACGUUACAUGCUUGAACAGUCUAUGUAAAAUCAAAAUUUUUAAAUGUGACGAAUCAAUUCAACAGCCAAUAAUUCAUCUUUUUUUAAAACAUGUCUUCAUACUUACUAUUUGCAUUAUGUUAGUUUUCUCAAAUGUAUAUUACUAUGCAUAUUUGGUUGGAAUUGUAAGAAAUGCGACACUUGACAUUUGACAAUGUGAGAGAAAUGAGGAGAAGGUUCUGGAAUAUACUGCCUCUCUAUAAACUUGGCAUUCUGGGAAAUGCAGAAAGAUUUUGCUCCUGCUUUCACCUCGGAUACAUACACUAGCUUGCUUAUGUCUUUUUACACUUUAAUCUAUGUGUAUGGAAGAGAAUGAGAGCGGAUAAUGUAUAAAUGUUUUGAAUUGUGUAUUGAGGUCACUUAUAGCGCCUCUCUCAGGCUGAGCUCUGUAACUACAGCAUUACACUGUUAACGAAUGUCAAUAAACAAUCACUUUCUAAAGCA